CGAAAGCGAACUCACCCAAAAGUUCGCCAACUCAGCGAACUGUAGAUUUCGAGGUUGGAUUUGUCCAACCAAAAUUGUGCGCCUCGAACUGAACAAGUCCGCAACCCCAAAAUUGUACAGCUGCCUGUGAGUCACAGCACGACUCUAGAGCAGAUUCCGAGAGCUAGCAAAGCGUGGAAAGCGCCAGCGCAACCUAGAUACUAACUACUGCAGCUACUACAAGUGCCAGCAAAGACUACAAUCGACAUCUACAAGCCCCAUGAUCGCUUCCCUUGAAAACCCUUCUCCAUCUAAACCCCUUUACCUCUCUAUGACCAUUCGAGGCCGAGUCGUUAAAGCCUUGAUUGACAGUGGUGCCUCCUCUAAUUUCAUCUCUUCCUCACUGGUCUCUGAAUUAUCCCUCCCUCUCCAAUCAGACAUAAAGCCUCAGACAGUCUUACUUGCCGACGGGUCAUCCCUCUCGUGUGGCCUUGUCCCUUACCCCGUUAACUGCACCAUCGGAUCUUACAAGGACAAGCUCUACUUUCAGCAAGCUCCCUUGAAAGGUCACGAUGUCAUUCUUGGAAGAAAAUGGCUUUCUGCCAAGAAUCCGUCCAUUGACUGGACCCAUGACCAUGUCAUCAUCAAGCAUAACGGCACAGACAUCACCCUACCUCAAUUCCCUUCUUCCCCUUCCUUACCUACUUGCAACCUUCUCUCUGCAAGACAGAUAAAGAAAUCCCUUAAAGACCCCACUGCGCAAUUCUUCCUCUGCUAUCUUCACCAAAUUUCUCAAUCCCUAUCUAUCCCUCCAUCUCCUCCUGUGUCUAAUGACCCCCCUGAAAUUCAGCAACUUCUUUCUGAAUUUAAGGAUGUCUUUCCCUCAGACCUCCCUCCAGGACUACCACCCAAACGAACAGUUGACCACAGAAUUUGCCUACAACCUGGAUCUGAGCCUACUGUACGUGCUACAUAUCGGAUGAGCACGGCGGAGCUGCAAGAAGUCCAGAAGCAACUUGAGGAGCUCCUGGACAAAGGCUUCAUCCGUGUAAGCUCAUCGCCCUAUGCAGCACCAAUCCUCUUUGUAAAAAAGAAGGAUGGCACCAUGCGCAUGUGCAUCGACUACCGUGCGCUCAACAAAAUCACCAUCAAGAACCGCUAUCCCCUUCCUCGCGUUGAGGAGCUUUUCGACCAGUUGGGUGAGGCCAAAAUCUUUUCUAAGCUUGAUCUUCGCAGCGGCUAUCACCAAGUACGUGUCGCUGAUGAAGAUAUUGAGAAAACUGCCUUUCGAACUCGGUAUGGGCACUUUGAAUUCCUUGUCCUUCCCUUUGGACUAACAAAUGCCCCUGCCACCUUCAUGUCUAUAAUGAAUGAUAUCUUCCGUGAUUUCUUGGACCGAUUUGUCAUUGUCUUCAUUGAUGACAUUUUGAUCUAUAGCAAAUCAUUGGAUGAGCAUGUUCAUCAUAUAAGACAGGUGCUGACUCGUCUGCGCCAGCACCGCCUUUUUGUCAAACAAAGCAAGUGUGAGUUUGCUCGAUCCUCGAUUCCUUUCUUGGGUCAUAUUAUCUCACACAAUCAGUUGUCCAUGGACCCUUCAAAGGUAAAAGCAGUCCAAGAUUGGAAACCUCCAACUUCCAUCAAGGAACUGCAAGCCUUUCUUGGCCUCGCCAACUAUUAUCGAAAGUUCAUUCAACACUUUGCUGCCAUCACUUCCCCCCUCUCUAAUCUACUGCGUAAGACAGAAGGAUUCCACUGGGGACCAGACGAAGACAAAGCCUUUGACGCCACCAAACAAGCAUUAACCUCUUCUCCUACUCUAGCCCUUCCCAACCCUUCCCUUCCCUAUACCAUAUGGACAGAUGCCUCCAGUGUUGCAACGGGUGCAAUCCUUUGUCAAGAUCAGGGACAUGGCCUUCAACCUCUUGCUUUCGACUCUCGAAAACUCAAACCUGCUGAGUGCAACUAUGCCACUCAUGACCGUGAGAUGUUGGCCAUUGUCCAUGCCAUAAAAAAAUGGCGUUGCUAUGUCCAUAUGCAACCCGUCACUGUCCUUACUGACCAUUGCACCCUUCAACACUUCAAGUCCCAACCUCACCUUACCCCCAGACAGGCUCGUUGGAUGGAAUACUUGGAACAGUAUGUGCCUGAGCUGAAGAUUGAGUACCGUGCUGGUUGCCUCAAUCCUGCUGACUCAUUGACUCGACCUCCACCCUCUCAGCUUUCAGCCAUUGGCACAGUGACGUGGGAUGAGAACUUCAUCAGCAAGUUCACCAAGGGAUAUCGGCGUGACUCAUUUUACCUCUCCUCUGCCCCUACCCAUAAGUCUGUCUACUAUGAAUCCCCUUUCUGGUACAAGACAGACUCUCAUGCCAUCUGUGUUCCAGCAAACCGAAAGCUGCGUCACCUCUUGCUUCGCGAGCAUCAUGACCAGAACGCACACUUUGGAGUCGACAAGACGCUUGCGGCCAUCUCUGCCAAUUUUUUCUGGCCCAGGCUCUCUCGUGACGUUCGCUCCUACGUGCGCUCCUGCCAUAUCUGUCAGUGUAACAAGGCUCGCAACGCAGCUCCUUAUGGUCUCUUACAUCCCCUGGACAUUCCUGAGCUCCCUUGGAGUCAUGUCACUCUUGACUUCAUCACUGAUCUCCCCCCUACUGCCUCUCAUCAUAAUGCCAUUCUCACUAUCGUUGACAAGCUCUCUAAAAUGGCGCAUUUCAUUCCCACAUCCACCACAGCUACUGCACAGCAUACUGCUGAGCUUUUCUUCAAAGAGGUGGUACGUCUUCAUGGCGUCCCCUCUGUUCUAAUCUCUGAUCGUGAUUCUCGUUUCCUUAGCCGAUUCUGGCAAACCCUCUUCAACAGGCUCGGGACCAAGAUUCGCCUCUCAACUGCUUAUCACCCCCAGUCAGAUGGGCAGACUGAAAGGAUGAAUCGAACGCUUGAAGAUGGUCUGCGAGCCUGCGUCAACGCGUGCCAGAACGACUGGGAUCUCCACCUGCCUGACAUCGAGUUCUCCUACAACAACACAGUGAACCUCGCCACUGGACAGACCCCAUUUUACCUUGCUACUGGACAGAACCCUCGCACUCCCUCUUCACUCGUACACAGCCCCACUCGAGAUACUGCAGCAACUGCUUUCCUCAGCAGCAAGAACACAGUCAUUGCAACAGCACGUGCAUCUCUUCUUCGAGCACAGCGGCGUAUGAUCCAGUAUGCUGACCAGCAUCGGCGUGACAUCCACUUCAACGAAGGUGACCAGGUUCUCCUCUCAACGGCCAAUCUCCCUCUACUGCAAGAAGGCCUUACUCGUAAACUAGCUCCUCGCUUCAUUGGACCAUUCACUAUCACCCAAGUCCUCUCUCCUCGCCUUAAGCUCCCAUCUCACAUCAACAUCCAUCCUGUCUUCCACGACAGCACCGAGGACGGUGCUCACUGGGGAGGGGAGUAAUGUUACAAGGCGAAAGCGAACUCACCCAAAAGUUCGCCAACUCAGCGAACUGUAGAUUUCGAGGUUGGAUUUGUCCAACCAAAAUUGUGCGCCUCGAACUGAACAAGUCCGCAA